AUGAAUUUUUGGAGUAGCUCAGCUGAUGUUGAUACAUUUAAGGGUGGAGAAUUGAUGGAAGUGCUUGAAUCUUUUAUGAAAAGUACUAAUUCAUCACAACUUUCUUCUUCUUCCAAUCCCACUUCUCUAUCUUUCCCUCCACCUUGUUCAAAUGAUCAAUUCAUCUCUAUCCAAACAGACCCUUUUCCCCCCUCCAGUUUCAUCCCCUCCAAUUCCUCUCAAUUUGAGCCCAAUAACUUCCAAGCCCAGGCCCAUUACCUCUUUAACCAGGCCCAAAACACACAAUUUGAGUCCGCAUUGGGCCUCAACCCAAUUCCCAUGACCCAAAUCCGAGACAUCCAGGCCCAAUACCUUGGGCUUGGGCCGCGGCCCGUCCCGAUGAAGCAGACGGGUCCGCCGCCGAAGCCCGCGAAGCUCUACCGCGGGGUCCGCCAGCGCCACUGGGGCAAGUGGGUGGCGGAGAUCCGCCUCCCGAAGAACCGCAGCCGCCUCUGGCUCGGCACGUUCGACACGGCUGAGGAGGCGGCCCUCGCCUACGACGACGCCGCGUACAAGCUCCGCGGCGACACCGCCCGCCUCAACUUCCCCCACCUGCGCCACAACGUGGGCGGCGGGGGCGAGUUCGCCACAUACAGGCCGCUCCAUGCGGCCGUCGACGCCAAGCUCUCCGCCAUCUGCCAGGCCCUGGCAGAGGGGAAGAGCAUUGACGCCGAGAGGGCGGCCAGCAAGGCCGCGGGUUCGAAAAAUUCGCAGUCCAAGAAGACCGCCCCUGCAGCAGCCGAGGCUUCCUCAACUGCUGCGAAAGGUGGAACUGUCAAGAAAAAAAAUGAACCCGAGAGCGCCGGGUCGGGCGAUUAUUAUUCGCCCGACUCGGAGCUCGUGUUUCCGGACGAGGAGCAAAUCGAGUGGGAUUUCGAGUCGUUGGAGAAGUAUAUGCCUUAUGGCAUAGAUUGGUCGACUAUAUGA